AUGUCGCUCUUGCAAAAGAACUCCGUUCUGAAAAAGUACCGCCGCGAAUACCGCGAGCAGGAUGCAGCACGGUCAUCUUCCAAGGAGGGGGGGCAGACGGAGGAAGGCGGUGAUGACGAUACUGCUGUAUAUCCGGAUGUGGACGCCUUCCAAGUUCUCGGGUCGGCUGCCGGAGGAGUGCUACCGUCGCCUUCGUCCUCCUCAAGGCUCAUGCGCAGCGAGGAAAACGCACAGAUGCCGGCGAUUGGGGCGGCGAGUGUGAAGGGCUGGUAUUCUGGUGUAUCUUCUGGCUUUGACAGCACCACCGCUGCCUUUGAAAGCAUGCACCGCAACGCCACGGCGACAGCGACCGCAGGCCCAUUAACCGUUUCCACCAUUCGAUCUCCGUUCCCCAAUGAAGACGACGGCGACGAGGCGAAUCACGCUGCACCGACGAGGCCAUCGUGGCCACGCAGUCAUACGGUCCGCGCAGGAGCGGAGGCUGAGGGCAAAUAUGGCGACUUGGAUAGUUUCAAGACACCUCUCGGCCCUCUUUCGUUGCCACUUCCGUCGGCAAGUGGUGGACCGCAAGCAAUUAUGUCACUACGCAGGCGAGGCGCCGACAGCACUAGCCCCCGCUGUUGGCCUAGCCGAAGCGACCUGUCCGGCGAAGAAGACCGCUCUAUUGCUGACACCCACUCCCAGUCGCCACCCACGGAUCCGUCCGUCUCGCCGACAACAGUGAAGAUCGUCGGCGAGCCGUUCAUGAGCGUCACAGAUAUGCCCGAAGCGGCUCGAUCGAAUUAUGUCACACGCGCGACUGCUACGAGUGGUCUCGCUCAUUCUGCCGGUGAGUCCUGCGGACUGGCGAGCAGCGUCGGUGGCUUCUCAUCGUUUGCGUUAGCAGCGGGUAGGCCGAGAACACCGACGGGAGGCGGCGCACAUGUCAACAGCUCACCGCAAGUUUUGACAGCGGUGCAGCGACCGAUUGAGGUGCUCACCCUGGUCCACAAAGAUCCUUCAGAAGAGGUUAGCUCGUCCUCCUCGUCCCCUUCGUCGUCCUUCACUGUCAUAGCGCAAAAGGGCGAUUGUGGCGACGGCGACGGCAAGCCUACAAUGCUACGCGAGGAGGCUGUGAGGCAGCUCGAUCUCGCGUACGCGCGUGCGACAAGCGAGUCACAACCUGUGGAUGCAUCAAAGAAGAAUGCCGCAUAUGCGGCGAUGCGACUCGACAUAUCGGACACGCUGCUACAGCCACCGACGAGCAUCGUAUCGGAGCCGUCAACGGUGACAGUUCAGACGAAGGACAAGUCCGCCGUGUCUUAUCGCAAUAGCGGCGGCGCCGCUGUCAACGGCUCCGUGGAGGGCCGGCGCGUCGCCUACGCAGCUGACGGCGCUGACCCCAGUGAGGAGGGUGCCUUUUCCCCACUCAGUGUGAUGGACGAUAAUGAGCGAGCAUCCGAUGCUGGCAUGGUGGACAGCCAAAACACACUGUAUGCCGAUAAUCGAGGCGCCGUUUUCAUACAUCAGGUACUCUCAUUCUCAGGAACUACUCACUCGCUGCCGCGAAUCUGGGACGACGAGGACGUCGAUGUGGAUCCGUUGACAACUGAAUCGAUGCGGCUUCCUGCACGCGUGCUGCCUAUCACGUUCUACGAAGCGUAUCUGGAUCUGACGAAGGAACUGCGAAGCAGCGCCGCAAAAGCGGCGUGCCAAGCUGAGGAGAUACCGACGGACAGAGCUUGUUCUUCCUCAAUGGUUUCACCGCAGGCCCCGUCGCCGGUCUGGGCAGUGCCGACGCUGAGGAAGGCGGCCCGUACCGCCAUCUUUUGGUGCUGCGGCGGUAAAGCUAGUCGUAUGUCAACAGCCGCGAAGCAGCAGCCACCAAGUACGGCGACUUGUGAUGGGUCUACUCGAGACGAACGCAGCGGCGUGGCGCCUACGGACGAGACGCCCUCCGCAUCUGGAGGACCAGAAGAGCAUCUGCAUGUUAUACGCGUUCUGAAGUCUCGGUCGGUUUCCCUGCAGCUCACCACGCAUCGCCGUAUGCUGCUCACUGUCUUCAACACUCUCACAGGCAAGAUUCCGUGGCCGAGUAAGAACGUGAAUUCAUCCACAUCCACCCCGGCCGCCUCCUCGCCGCCGUCUUCGUCCACGGCGGUGAAGUGGGAGUCAAUCGGAUUUCAAGGGUCCAAUCCUGCCACCGAUGUUCGGGCAACGGGUGUCCUGGGAGUGCUUCAGUUAUUGUACCUCAUCAACUACUACCCUGCGUUCGCGCAACGGCUGUGGCAGCUGUGCUGCGACCCGGCCGGGGAAGGGGCCACUUACUCUCCAUCGCAUAAUCAUCGCAUCGGCGAGCCACCGGUGGCCGCGAACAGAGGCAGAGUUUCGAACGAGCUGCCGUUUGUUCUGGUUUGCUUCAACUUCACGGCGAUAGUGCUGGACGCGGCCGGACAGCACAUUCUUGACGAAGAGGUGCAAAAGACGGCGAACGGCAAGCGCCCCUCAUCCACACUACAUGGGGCUGCCGCUAAAACGGCGGGGACUGCGGGACAUCCCUCUUCGUACGCUGGCAUGUAUGUCUGCUGCGAGUGCUACGUCGGAGCGCUGGCGCUGUUUGUAGAAGCGUGGAGGGCGCGGCCAAAAGGUGGAGUCGCUGGCGACGGUAGUGUGACGACGUCCACAGUGCCCGCGAACCGACCUAGCAUUGCCGACUUUGGCGACAUCAAGGCGCGGCUGCGCGGAAAGCUCUUAAGGAAGGGUGCUGCGAAGAUAAUGCUGGAGGCAGCGUGCCAAGUCCGUGGAGCCGUUGAGCAGCACGAGUAG